UUUUCUGAUUACUUGCAGCAAUUAUUGUUUUAUGUGUUAAUUGUUUUAUUUGGACUGUGCAAAAUGGAUAAAAGUGCUAAAAACCGUAACAGCAACAGCAGCCAGAAGGACCAAUAUUCGUUAGGCAUUCUGAGCAUGGAGAAUCUUAAAGUUUUUGGAGAUUUGUCUAGUGGUAGUAAUUCGAGCCGAGAAAAAUCAAAUGUCCAUGAACGACUUAAGGCGGGAAGAUUAAAGGCAUUGGAGACUCUGGAGAAACCACGACCACGUUCCAGUCAUGUGAUGACAUCGCUAGAGAGGGGCUGCGACAAGCCCAGAUCCACCAGUCGGUCAAGUAUUGCAUCCAAUGGCACAAACAUAUCUGAUUUGAUUACUGAGGAGACCAUCGAUCUAAACUCCAGCAUCUCCUUAUUCAUGGCAACACCAGCGGCUCCACCAACGGUUCCACCAACGGGCUCACAUGUAUUCUUCGAGCCGGGUGAGAUUACGGGCCGCUCGACACUGUGCCGAAGUAAUAAAAAUGAAUCCUUGUCAUCGAAGAAUGGCAGUCAAAUCUCUGUGGCCGACAUACUGAAGUCCUCAUUCGUGGAGAAAGCUCGUGUGCAAUAUGCCAAGCGGUUGGAGAACGUGCCAGUUCUAGGCAGUCAACACACAAGCAACAGCAGUCUAAUCGAUUCCUUCAGUUGCUCGCGCAGUUUACCCCGCACUGCGGACAUGAGCAACAUGAGCCUUAAUGGUGGUGGUGGCAUUUCAUUUGGCUCCAUGGCCGGUCAGGGCUCUGACGAGAGCUUCACACCCGCCGAACUGAUGCAGUCCAAACUGGUGAUGGGUGAGAUAUCGUGGGCGGAGGAAUUUGCCGCUGUGCCAGCGGCAACGCUCAGCAAACAGGCAUUGCAAAAGAUUGCUGCGCCGCCACAAACGCCCGAAAUCGAGACCUCAGUGUCCAACUCUGUCAUUGCUGGUGAUCCUGAUUUUUCGUUGGGCAACUACUUCCAGUUGCGCUCGGAGAACAUAUCGUUUAUUGGAGGCAGAGAAUUUUUUAUCCAGAUGCAACCAGGCGAAGCUGCUGUUGACCAGCAGACGAUGGCAAGCAGCAUUGGCGAGAAAACGCCACUGCCCGAUAACAAAACCUAUACAAAGGUCGAAGCCAGCGCCAAGCUGGAGCGCAAUCUCAUGAAGAAGAUGCAUCAGGAGAAGUUCAACCAGGCUCUGCAGACCGAUGCGAAGAAGCCGCCAACCAGCUCCGAGCUUCUCAGCUUGUCGGCCAUCGAUGAAGCCUUACGCAAUCUGGACAUGAAUUCGGACGUAUCCGUUGGCAGUGUAGUCCAAAGGUUGCGGGUGCGUGGCAAUUACGGCGACGAGAACGACGAUGAAGACAAAGAGAACGCGACCGGAGAUGAUACGCUGUGCAAAUCUCGAUCCAAGUCAAAUUUAGCGGACACUAUGAGCUUCACCGAUUCCGUAUUGAAUUCGACGGACUUCCAGCAAAUGCAGCAGAGCAUAGCUUCCACAUCUAAGCGUCAGCCGCUGAGUGCGCUGGCGGACUACAUUCAAGGCCAGCCAAGUAUACUAGUGACAGCCAGCGAGGAAAAUGAUGCAGAUAUUGAUGAAUGGCCAUCGACACCGGUGAAGUCGCUGGGCAGGCGUGUACGCAAAUCUCCACUCUCGCAGAGAAACGCGAGCCCAACGAGCAGUGACGGUGUGCAGCCGUUGGCCAGCACCGAUGAGGAUGCGGAUAGGGAGACGGAUGAGGACAAGACACCGGUGAACAAGAAGCGCAACCUGACAGUGCAAACUGUGCACAAUCCCAAUUCGUUCUGUUCCACACGCCUGGAUGGCUGCGAUGCUGUGCCUUCGUCCACCGAAUGUGACUUUGGCAUCUCACCGAAUCUGGUGAAAUCUGGCGUUUCAGUUGCCAGUGUGCGACAUGUGUCGCCGCUAACAUCACCACGCAGCUGUCUGUCCUCGCCGCUGCUGGACAGCACAACGAGCUCGGAGCGACGACAGCUGCUCGUGGGCUCUGGCGCGGCACGCAGAGCCCACACAUCCCCGGCAGCCAGCGAGGCCAGCUCAACGAGUGGCUGCAAUGCCUUGCGCAAGGGCACCAAUGGGUUGGCUCCGCGUAGCAUGUCGCGCUGCUCGAACUCCAGCGAGUUCAGUCAUCGCGAUGGCAAACUACUGCCCCUGAAGGUGACCCACACCAGUCUGUGCUGGGGCAGCACCAAGUUGCGCACAGAUGUCCGCAAAUCCAUGCAGAUCAAGAACACCAGCGACAAGCGUCUGGUGGUGCGUUUGAGCAUACAGGGACCGGGUUUUCAGCUGGUGAGCGGUGAUACCAACAGUCUCACACUGCAGUCCAUGGAAUGCCGCACCAUUGGCAUCAAUUUCUGUCCGACGGUCAGCGGUGGUGCCAUUGGAUCGCUUUCAUUCUACGCGCCUUUUGGCGCCAACAACUGUCAGCAGCCUGGGAUGGAGAUCCCACUCUAUGGGUUUGGUGGCAAUGCAUCUAUAACGAUUCAGGGACUGCUUAAGGGACCGGUCGGCGCCAGCUUCCUAACCGUUGGCAAUGUAUGCGAUUUGGCCUCGGGUCCGCUGACUGCCAACUUCAAGUUCUAUAACAAGGGACCGUUGACAGCGUUUGCGGGCAUCACAGUUGACUCGACGGUUUUCCUCAAGCCGCGCCUCAACGCCGCCUUCGAGGUGCGUCCCAGCAAGAUCAUCAUGCCGCCGCACAGUGAGACUGUGGUGCAAAUUGUGUUCCGGCCGAGUCGCGAGGAUAUAAAGAACAUACUGAAGAAGACAUCCCAGGUACUGACCCUGGCCAAUAUGCGCAUCUUUUGUGGCGACGAACCCAACAGACAGCGAAUGCGUGCCCUCGUCGAGCGCAUGACGGGCGAUCAAAGGGAGCAGUUGACCUCCUCCAUGCUGGAUAACAUUCUGUGCGGUUUUCCUAGUGAGCAGCCGAUACGCAGCAUUUCCAUGCUGAAUGAACCGCCAGAAUUUAUACUCGAUCUGGUGACAGUGGUGCGUAUCAUUGAUGUGGCCCUUACACUCAAUAGGGACUUUGACGAAUCCGCUGACACGUCGCAGCUGUGUUUGCCAGAUGCCGAGGACACCGUCUUGUUUCGCACUGUUUGCGCGGCCAAUUCGCCGACGCCCAGCAACAUGCUCGAGCCAGUGGAUGAACUGCAUGAGGCGGACACAACAUCGGCCAUUGAGCAGCAGCCGCUGGACCGGGAGCGUAACUGGUCGGUGAAGCCAGCAGCAAUUGAAUUGAAUUUAUCGAACGGCAGCCUUAAUGCAAUAGAUGGCACAAAGUUUUGCAUCAGGAACAGCUUCAGGUCACGUCAAUAUUUCGAGAUUAGUUGCAAUGUGGCGCACCUGCUGCAGUUCUCACCCAGCGAAUGUUAUGUGGCGCCCGAUGGUGGUCAAGUGGAGGUUGUGGUCCGGCCACUGCGUACACCGCGGCGUGAAGUACUUAAGAAACAAAUGCAAGUCCUCAUCGAGGUGUCCAUGGAAAAUGAACGUAUUAAUGUGCCCGUUACUUUUAAAGUUUAAAAUGUAUGCUUAUUGUUCUAUGUACUUAUGUUUAAGACUCUUCUGAUUUAAAUUUUCGUUUUAUGCAUUGUA